GCAGCGGACCCUUGUUCUCCCAACCCCUGCCAAAGACAAGGUGUCUGUAUGGUGACCGGACCGACCACGUUCAUCUGUACCUGUAACCACAGGUACGGCGGGGACGUCUGUCAGUACGCCUGUGAGGACUACUUCAGCGGCAGCGAGGCGUCCCGAUACGCGGUGUACAACAACAGGUGCUACUGGUUCUCCCCGACUCAGUACCGCAGCAGGAGGAACUACCGGAAAGCCCGGGCGGACUGUGUCUCCCGCAGCAGCGGCCGGGGAGCGACCCUGGCUCUCAUUAAGGAUGCAGACACCCAGGGCUUUGUGGAGCAGUACCUGAGGACCGUCCGCGCGCAGGGGGACUACUGGAUCGGUUUGGACGACAGACAGAUAGAGGGUCGUUACGUGUGGAAUGACGGGACGGUUCUGGGUUACCGGAACUGGGCCAGGACUCCUCGUCGUCGCCGGGGUAAGGACUGCGCAGGCGUCAUGGCGUCUGGGAAGUGGGACGUCUAUCGGUGUCGUCAGAGGAAGGCGUACAUCUGUCAGAUGCCGCAAGUGUGGUAAACUAUGCGGUUUCUGAGGAAAAUCUGAAAAGACUCAGCAGCAACGGGAGUUUGAAGAACUCUUACCUUCGUAAAAUAUUUAGAGUAUCUCGUAUAUCUCAAUUUUAGUUCAUUGGUUAUGCAAGAAUGAGAUUAUUGACUAAUAUUACAAGUGUAAUAUUAUAGAUAUAGAUAGUAUAAAUACAAAUCAUUCAACAGUGACAUAGGAUUUAAGGAAAAUAUAUAGCUUCGAAUAAUGAGUGCCCUUAGCCAAAACUACUUUUACAACCUCUGAACUCUUAUUAAUUACUAGUAUGUCCUACCUGUGGUUACAAUCAGCAUGUAGUGAUAUGUUCAUGUAACUUGUGAUUUCUAUGUUAUAAUCAUUACAUUUACUUCUGUAUAUGUGCAUCUGGGGUUAUAUUUAGAAGACCUAUACAUAUACUUGCAGAACACUGCGCCCAUAAAGGUUUUUUAAAUUCCGUUUAAAUAAACUCUAGUUGCUAUUACAAUCAUAAUACUGCUAAUGAAAUGUACAUAAUUGCAAUAUAUCGUCAUUUUUUUGGAAUUUAAGCAGAUUUAGAGUUAUACAUGAACAAUUAUCAUGCAACUGAAAUUAUUCAUCAACAAAGCUUCUUUACAAUUUCA